AUGGCUUUGGCCCUUCAGGCUUCUCUCGUUAGACCCUCAAUCACGCAGCUAAACCCUCUUUCUCUCACUCUUAAACCCCAGAUUUUCAGAUUCCACUCUCAUAGGUUUAUUUGUCCGAUUUCUCUAAAGUCCAGAUAUUUCCGGCACAGCUUAGUUUCUUUUUGUACGUUGAGUUCAGAUAAUGUAAAUUCGGCUACCGGCCCAGUUGAUAGUAAUGGUUUUAGAGGAACAGCCGAGCAGGAUGAGUUGAACAAUGUAGUUGUAUCAUCGACCGAACGAGAGGUCAGUGGCGAAGCGAAAAACGAGGAUGUGGAGAAGAAGAGUUUGCCGAUUGUGGUGUUUUUUAUGGGAUUUUUCACGAGGUUGAAGAACUUUAUCGAGCGUGUAUUUUAUUCGGAUUGGUUCAGCUUGGGGAGCUUUUGGAGUCACGAGAAGCGCUUGGAGCGGUUGAUUGAGGAGGCAGAUGUGAAUCCCAUGGAUGCUGCUAAGCAAAGCCGUCUGUUGGCCGAGCUCAAUAAGCACAACCCUGAGUCUGUCAUCCAACGAUUUGAACAAAGAGCACACGCUGUAGACAGUACCGGAGUAGCAGAAUACCUUCGUGCGCUGGUGGCCACUAAUGCAAUUGCUGAAUAUUUGCCCGACGAACAAUCUGGAAAGCCUUCUAGUCUUCCUUCAUUGCUUCAAGAGUUGCAACAACGUGCAUCAGGGAAUAUGGAAGAGCGUUUUGUGAACCCUGGUAUAUCCGAAAAACAGCCAUUACACGUUGUGAUGGUGGAUCCGACUAAAAUGGCUAGUAAAUCGUCCCGAUUUGCACAAGAGGUCAUAUCAACUAUUGUGUUCACUGUUGCUGUUGGUUUAGUAUGGGUAAUGGGUGCUGCUGCACUUCAGAAGUAUGUUGGUAGCUUAGGUGGAAUAGGGACUCCUGGAGUUGGUUCGAGUUCUUCGUACACCCCAAACGAACUGAACAAAGAAAUAUUGCCAGAAAAGAAUGUUAAGACAUUUAAAGACGUCAAAGGAUGUGAUGAUGCUAAACAAGAGCUCGAGGAGGUUGUAGAGUACCUCAAGAACCCUUCCAAAUUCACGCGACUUGGAGGGAAGUUACCAAAGGGAAUCCUUCUUACUGGAUCACCUGGGACAGGAAAAACUUUGCUUGCAAAGGCUAUUGCUGGAGAGGCUGGCGUGCCUUUCUUUUACAGAGCAGGAUCCGAGUUUGAGGAAAUGUUUGUAGGUGUGGGUGCUCGACGAGUAAGAUCCUUGUUUCAGGCAGCUAAAAAGAAGGCUCCAUGCAUCAUUUUCAUUGAUGAAAUUGAUGCCGUUGGAUCUACUCGGAAGCAGUGGGAAGGCCAUACAAAGAAAACACUGCAUCAGCUGCUUGUCGAAAUGGAUGGUUUCGAGCAGAAUGAGGGUAUUAUUGUGAUGGCCGCGACAAACUUGCCUGAUAUACUCGAUCCAGCUUUGACGAGACCCGGUAGAUUUGACCGCCAUAUUGUAGUUCCUAAUCCCGAUGUUCGGGGUCGUCAAGAGAUAUUGGAUCUCUAUUUAGAAGACAAACCUUUGGCAGAGGAUGUUGAUGUGAACAAAAUUGCACAUCUCGCAAAUUUGGUAAACAUUGCCGCUAUUAAAGCCGCAGUUGAAGGUGCUGAGAAAUUAACCGCAGCUCAGUUAGAGUUCGCGAAAGAUAGGAUAAUGAUGGGAACAGAAAGGAAGACCAUGUUUCUCUCAGAGGAAUCAAAAAAGCUCACCGCUUACCACGAGAGUGGACACGCUAUAGUCGCCUUGAACACCGAAGGUGCGCACCCGAUUCACAAGGCCACGAUCAUGCCACGCGGGUCCGCACUCGGGAUGGUGACUCAGCUUCCUUCUAAUGAUGAAACUUCGGUUAGCAAAAAACAGUUAUUGGCUCGGCUUGAUGUUUGCAUGGGGGGGCGAGUAGCGGAGGAACUUAUCUUUGGACAGGACAAUGUUACGACUGGUGCAAGUAGUGAUCUCAACACGGCUACCGAGCUCGCCCAUUAUAUGGUAUCGAGUUGUGGGAUGAGUGAUUCAAUUGGACCCGUUCAUCUCAAAGAACGACCUAGUUCGGAAAUGCAGUCUCGUGUUGAUGCCGAAGUGGUUAAGCUGUUGAGGGAAGCUUAUAAUCGAGUAAAAGCUCUAUUGAAAAAGCAUGAGAAGGCGUUACACACUCUAGCAAACGCGCUUUUGGAGUAUGAAACUCUAAGUGCAGAAGAAAUUAGACGCCUACUUGUUCCUUGUAGCGAGGGACGAUUAUCUUUCGAACAAGAACAGCAGUCGAUGGGGGAGGAAGAGCUUGCUUUGGCUUAA